CUCUUUCUCUCUCUUAGAAGCCAAUUUCACCUUGUGAGCAGUCAAAUCUUUUCCCACUUCCAUCACUUUCUGCUGUACAACAAAAAUAAAGUUGCAUAUACUAUUCCAAUACACCAAAACCAAACCCCACAUUGUUUACUACUCCUACAUUAAUCAAUCUGCAAUUUGCAAGAUCUCUUUUUUUCCCCUUCCCCUUCGCCCCGAUGUUUCCCAGGUUGAUUCAGCCCUGCGACUCCUCCUCCUUGCUCGCCCAGGAAAACAUCAACGCCGCCUACGGUCAACGCGCCGCCGCCGACCCCUGCCUCGUCCUCACCUCCGACCCCAAGCCCCGCCUCCGCUGGACCGCCGACCUCCACGAGCGCUUCGUCGACGCCGUCACGCAGCUUGGUGGCGCCGGCAAGGCCACUCCUAAGGCUAUAAUGCGUACAAUGGGUGUUAAGGGCUUGACUUUGUUUCACUUAAAGAGUCAUCUCCAGAAAUACAGAUUAGGAAAGCAGUCUGGGAAGGAACUUGGUGAGGCUUCGAAAGAUGGUGCGUACCUUUUGGACAGCCCUCGUGCCAGCAUCUCUCCCCAAGACUUACAGGCAUCCGACAUUAAUGAGGGUUACGCAGUGAAGGAGGCGUUAAGAGCGCAAAUGGAAGUUCAGAGCAAACUGCAUUUGCAAGUCGAAGCUGAAAAGCAUUUGCAGAUCCGUCAAGAAGCUGAGAGAAGAUACUUGGCCAUGCUCGAAAGAGCUUGCAAGAUGCUGGCCGAUCAGAUUCUUGGAACAACAGUGACAAACGACGAUGGAGAUGGGUAUCAAGGGAAAGGAGCAAAGGCGUCGCCUAAUGUCUCCCAGAACCCACACGUAUCAUCAUAUCCUUCGCAGUCCGCAGACGAGCUGGGAGUCCCUGGCACUGUGGAAUUGACCCCCAAUCUCCAUCAGCAGCAGCGCGGUGAUUGCUCCACCGAAAGCUGCCUGACUUCCCACGAGAGUCCUGUUGGGCUGCCUCCGGAAGGGUCGCCUCCCCAGGGAAAGCGGGCGUUGCUGAACGUGGAUUCGACAAAUAACUCGUUCGUAUGGGGAGGCGAAUCGGACGGGUAUGCACCUGAUUUACAGAUGGUAAGAGUUGGUUCACAUGGAAUUGCAGGAUGUGGUGUAUAAAACUGUUCUAAUUAGGUGGUGUUGCCAUUUGACUUUGAAUUGCUUGUUUAUUGGGAAAUGGCUGAAGCUUAGUAGGUCUAACUCAUCUCAACAUGUAAAUCAAAACUGAAGAUGUAUUUCUCAUCAAGAACAGACCACUUUCCUCUUAAUUUAAGCCUUUGAUUCUCCUUUUUA